AUGCACCAUCCCCCAUCCCCCAUGCACCAUCCCCCAUGCACCAUCCCCAUGCACCAUCCCCCAUGCACCAUCCGCCAUGCACCAUCCCCCAUGCACCAUCCGCCAUGCACCAUGCCCCAACCACGCCCGCAGUGCUUCUUCCCGGAGCAUCUCCUUCCCUUCCUCUGCCGGCCCUUCUUCGUUCUCAACCCCCUCUACGACUCCUGGCAGGUGUCUUUCUCAUUCGCCCAGCAGCAUGCCUUCCCCUCUCUGGAUUGGCACCACUGCCGCACUGACCUGCGCUCCUGCCCGCCCCCACCUGCUGCAGCUGCUCCACGGUACAGUGCGGUGAUGAGUGGGUACCACCACCAGAUGGUUACCAAGCUCUCCCCCUUUCUCCCUGCCACGCACUCUCUUAGCCCUCCUCCCCACCAUCGCCGCCGCCUGACUUUGGUGGAAGGCGGAGGGAUUGGUGUUGAGGAGGGAGGUACGGAGGAGGUAGGGGAAAAGAACAUAGGGGAUGGUGAUGGUGAGGAGGAGGAAGGGGGUGAUGGCGAGAGUAAGAGCGGGGAGGAGACGGGAGGUGAGAAUGAGAGAGGGAGUGAGGAGGAGAAGGGAAGUGAGGAGGAGUCGGAGAGUGAAGAGAAAAGGGGGGGUGAAGAGGAGAAGGAAGAGAAUGAGGAGGCAAAAGAAACUGAGGGUGGUGCACGUGUGGAGGGGAAUGAGGAGGAGGAAGAAGGGGAGCAGGAGGAGAAGCCGAGUGCAGAUGAGAGGGCUGACUUGGGAUAUCACAAGGGGCUGGAAGUUGGAGAAAUGGGGAGGGAUUUUGAAGCGAUGAAGAGGGAUGGGCUUGGUGUUGUGGAGGGCGAGGCUUUCCGCUCCCAGGAAGGAGGGGUCUCCGCCUCUGCCUCGCGCAAUGGAGCUCUGCUGUUGUCCUGCCAUCUGCACUGCAUGGUGAGUGGCACUGCAUGGCACUGGCAUCGCAAGCAUGGCACGGGGCUGGUGCUCCUCGUGUUGGGGGCAAGACAAUGGCAGAAGCUAUUGGUGACUGGUAUUUUGACCGGAAAGUAA